CAACCAACUUCAGGGCUUCUAAUAUCUUCUAAAACUUCAUUGUCCUAACUCGUAUUGCUCCAAUGGAGGAAGAGUUCAGCCAAGUUACAGCCGCAAAAGCCACCCCCAACAUGGAAGGGGAAGUAGAUGAAGAAGAAAGAGACCCAGAAAUCAACCCACUAAACCAGUCACUUCUUAAGAGAAGCCGGACGCUUUCCUCCACUCCACUAGCCAUGGUUGGAGCCAAAGUUUCCUAUAUUGAGAGCUUGGACUACGAGAUCAAUGAGAACGAUCUAUUCAAGCAUGACUGGAGGAGCAGAUCCAAAGUCCAAUUGUUGCAGUAUGUAUUCUUGAAGUGGACACUGGCAUUCCUUGAUGGACUUCUUACUGGUUUGAUUGCUACCCUCAUCAAUCUUGCAAUUGAGAACAUUGCCGGCUAUAAGCUUCUUGCUGUCGUUCACUUGAUUCAGAAGAAAAGGUAUUUGAUGGGGUUCAUCUAUUUUAUUGGGGCUAAUUUAUUUUUGACUAUGGUAGCUGCUUUCAUGUGCGUCUGGUUUGCACCAACUGCAGCAGGGCCUGGCAUACCUGAAAUCAAAGCUUAUCUAAAUGGAGUUGACACACCCAACAUGUUUGGCGCUACAACAUUGAUUGUCAAGAUAAUUGGAAGCAUUGGAGCUGUCUCUGCUGGACUAGAUCUAGGAAAAGAAGGGCCCUUGGUACACAUUGGCGCCUGCUUUGCUUCUUUACUAGGCCAAGGAGGGCCUAGUAAUUAUCGGCUUAAAUGGCAUUGGCUUUGCUACUUCAACAACGACAGGGAUCGCCGUGAUCUUAUCACCUGCGGUGCUUCAGCUGGAGUCUGUGCUGCUUUUAGAGCCCCAGUGGGAGGUGUACUCUUUGCUCUUGAAGAGGUUGCUACAUGGUGGAGGAGUGCCCUCCUGUGGAGGACAUUCUUCUGCACGGCAGUUGUGGUGGUGGUACUCAGGGCUUUUAUUCAGAUGUGCAACUCUGGGGAAUGUGGACUUUUUGGUACAGGAGGCCUUAUUAUGUUUGAUGUGAGCAAUGUUAUUGUAAGAUAUCAUGUGAUGGAUAUAUUCCCAGUGGUUGUAAUCGGAAUUAUUGGUGGAUUCUUGGGAGGCCUUUACAACUAUGUGCUUUACAAGGUGCUCAGACUCUACAAUCUCAUCAAUCAGAAGGGCCGAAUGCAUAAGCUCCUUCUGAGUCUUUCCGUUGCACUCUUCACCUCAGUGUGCCAAUAUGGUCUCCCUUUUCUAGCCACAUGCAAGCCUUGUGAUUCCUCCCUUUCAGGAACUGAAUGCCCCACCAAUGGACGCUCAGGCAACUUCAAGCAAUUUAACUGCCCAAAUGGUUACUACAACGACCUAGCAACCCUACUCCUUACCACCAAUGAUGAUGCUGUCCGGAACAUCUCCUCAGAGACUCCUAAAGAAUAUCAAAUCUCCUCCCUUUUAAUCUUCUUUGCACUUUAUUGCAUCUUAGGACUGUUUACCUUUGGCAUUGCUGUGCCGUCUGGACUCUUCCUCCCAAUCAUCCUCAUGGGCUCAGGUUAUGGCCGCCUGCUAGGUAUUGCCAUGGGGUCUUACACAAAUAUCGACCAUGGGCUUUUUGCUGUGCUUGGUGCAGCCUCGCUUAUGGCUGGCUCUAUGAGGAUGACUGUUUCACUUUGUGUGAUAUUUCUUGAACUCACUAACAACCUUCUCUUACUACCCAUAACAAUGAUCGUUCUCCUAAUUUCCAAAACUGUUGGGGACAGUCUAAAUCCAAGCAUCUAUGAGAUUAUACUGCACUUAAAAGGCCUACCUUUCUUGGAUGCACAUCCAGAGCCUUGGAUGUGCAAUCUUACCGUUGGUGAGCUUGCUGAUGCCAAGCCACCCAUUGUCUCCCUCUGUGGAGUGGAAAAGGUUUCCCGAAUUGUGGAUGUCCUCAGAAAUACCACACACAAUGGUUUCCCAGUUGUAGAUCAUGGGGUUGUUCCACCAGUGGGACUACCCUCUGGGGCAACAGAACUACAUGGAAUAAUCCUAGGAGCUCAUCUUCUUCAAGCUCUGAAGAAAAAAUGGUUCUUGAGGGAGAAAAGGAGAACAGAGGAAUGAGAAGUGAGAGAGAAAUUUAGCUGGGUUGAUCUGGCUGAGAGGGAAGGAAAAAUCGAGGAGGUGAUAGUGACGAGAGAAAUGGAGAUGUACAUUGAUCUGCAUCCACUCACCAAUACAACACCUUACACUGUAAUGGAGAGCAUGUCAGUGGCAAAAGCCAUGGUGCUUUUCAGGCAAGUGGGACUCCGCCAUUUGCUCAUUGUGCCCAAGUACGAAGGAGUCGGGGUGCCUCCAGUGGUAGGAAUAUUGACCCGACAGGACUUGAGGCCUUGCAACAUCUUGACUGGCUUUCCUCAUUUGGCAAGGUCGAAGAGCGGGGAAAAGGGGAACUGAGUCUCUCCACAAUCAUCAAAUGGCAUUUAGUAGAUUUCUUGAAGCUACGCAACUCUUCCUGCACUUUUUUUUUUUAAUUAUUUCCACAGUUUAUGAUUCUUUCUUCAAAUUUGAAAGAUGGGUGAGAUACUGCAAUAAUAUCAAACUUCAUUUUCUUGUAAUCAUUCUUUUUAUACAAUUCCUUUGUGGAUGAAUUGAUACUGGAGAAUGGAAUAUAGCAAUCA